AUGAGCGCUACCAGAUGGUUGCUCAUUUUUUGCGCUCUAGCCACUGCUAUACAGGGCGAGUAUUACCAAGGUGCAUCAAGCCGUCUCACAAAUUACCUGCUUGAAAAACAUGAGAAAAGCUCACCUCCGGAUGGUAUCAUUCAAGUCUCGCAUAACAUUGAACUUGUUCACAUUGUUGCUCUGAAUGAACUACAGCAGAACAUGCAAGUUCUUGUUUAUGUGAUCGAGGAAUGGGAUGAUGUUUCUCUCUCGUGGAAACCGCAUGAGUUCGCCGGUCUCACAUCGACAUGGCUUCCAGAAAACGCAGUUUGGGUACCUGAUGUUAUUGUCUUCAACACCUUGGAACACAAGAAGUUGUUGGACGCCGUGCGUGCUCCAAUCCGCGUCUCAUCAUCUGGAAGAGUCACCUACACUUACCCAGCCAUCUACACUGUUUUGUGCCCAAUCGGAAUUGCAAAGUUUCCAUUCGACACGCAAACCUGUAAAAUAAGGUUUGCGUCGUGGGCAUAUGGUGAAGACAAAAUGGUUUUGAACGCUACACACAGACCGCUUUUGAAUAACUAUGCUCCAAAUGAAGAAUGGGCUCUUGAGGAAGUGGACGUAGUUCGUAAAGAAUACGAGCACGAGGAAACAGUUGUCAGCGAGAUUAUUUAUUCUAUCAGAGUCGCUAGAAAACCGUUUUACUACUUGAUUAGUCUCGUUGUUCCUAGUUACAUCAUCUGUGUUCUUUCAAUUGCCGGACUUUUUGCCAGAUUUUCCACCAAACAUGAGCGUCAAGAGCGAUUCACCUUGGGAGUCACUGCAAUUCUCAGUAUGGCGGUUCUAUCAUUGGUUGUUACUGAAAAAGUGCCACAUAGCUCAGAAAGCGUGCCGCUUAUGAUUAUCUACAUGCAUUUCAUAAUUGUAAUGGUUACUAUAGCUACAAUUCUAACAUCAACGGUCAUGAGAGUUCACGCAAAGGGUUUUCGCGACACUUUGAGACCACCACCAAACUGGAUGAGACGUCUUCUCAUGGUAGCCGAAGAAAAAGCCACAUUUGCUAAACACCAUGGAGUUGUCGUCGUCGACAUCCAUACAGUUGCGGAACAAUGGGGAGAAAUCUCGAGAAGAAUGGAUUAUUUGCUCGCUGUCAUGUUUAUCAUAAUUAUAUCUGUCCCAACAUUUUAUUUGUUCUACAUGUGGAAUACGUACGAUCAUGAAGCUUCCGAAAAAUCGCUUCUUUCUAUGGAAAUGAAGCGCUUAAUGCAUUACUAA